GUCGGGUGGUUGAGUGGUUUAGCUGCUCAGCGCCUCAGUUCGGCUUUCAUAUUCGAUGCGCGGCUUUUUGCAUAUCAUUGGGCUUCUGCUCUGCUGCCUCUGGCUGAUGGGCAGCCUGGGGCAGUUGUAUGGAGCGCCAGUUGGAUAUCAUGUGGAUCACGCCGGCUGUAUACGUGUGACGAUCGUUAAGCAAGCGCCAACCACAACAACAACAACAGCAACAACAACAACAACUACUACACCGGCUACAACCAGAGCCACGGUGGCCCCUGGCUAAAAUUGACAGUCAAUUGUUUAUUGCUCAUAUUUGAAAUAAAGUGCCUAAAAAGAUCGCAGCAUACUUUUAAGCGAGCGCUCUGAACUCAAUCAAAAUCCCGUGAGGCAACAAUAUACCAGAACUGAUAGUUUGCUUAGGUUCAGAUACAUUUCAUCGACCUGUUAGAUAUAUGAACAGAUAUUCCGCAUAGAGUAUAAUAGUUUUGAUCACAUUAAGUUUUUGUCGAAUCACCGAUAGCUCACGCCGUUUCUCCGAAAUCGAUAAAAUUGAUUUUUUAGAUAAGGUUUUUCAGAUAAAGUCAUCAAAUUUGUUUUUUCCGGCUUGCAGCCGUGAUUCUUAUUUGGUUUCCGAUUCCACUUGUUUGUUGCUUUCAAAUGAGCUGGUACUUCUGCAUUGGCGUCGCUGGAAGAAGAUCAUUGCAUACUCUUCAGCAGCCGCUUCAAGUCCAAUCUGCAGCCGAGUCACAUCCAGAGCUACCGACUUGAGCUGUUCCUGCUUCACGCGCCCUCCUGCUGCUACACCCGCUGCAGCUAUGGCCAGUUCCCCAGGGCGAUGUUAAUUGGAUGGCAAAUGCAAAGGCAAAGGCGGACCGCACAAUGCACAAACAAGCUGCCAAAUAUAAUUAAAUAUUUUAUCGCAUAAAAGUGUAGGAAAAGUGCCAAAAUGAAACGACAACAAGAAAAUGAGCAGCCGGCAUGCGUUUCCCUGACCAUUUUGCAUACUCCACUGAGGGCUGGCGAGGGGCAGCGGCUUAAGAGAAUGGGGCCGUGUUGCUGGUUCAGGUAGAGGCCGUUCUCCUAAUAUUGUUAGACCUGACAUUGUUGUCGUUUUAUGUAGUCUAUGUGCGAGUGUGUGUGUGUGUGUGUGUGUCUGUGUGUAUGUGCUUAACACAUGUUCCACAAACAAUACGCCCGCAGCUCAACCGACUUGGCUCCCAGUUCUGCCACCCUUUCGCCCCCACUCCAGUAAAAAUAUCCAUUGCCCCCCGGUUGCAUUUCUUUGGUCUUUAGGUUUUUCAGAUGAAAUCUUUUUUGGCCUGCAGUUGCGCCAGCAACAAGAACAACAACAACGACAACAAGGCCAACGUUCCAUUGUUCAGACAGAGCUGAGCCCGAGCAGAGCAGAAUUUGCUUUUUUCGACAAUUUCCAUAUGAAUUU